AUGAAUCAUAGAAAUUCCUCGCGCGCCUCGAAAAGAGACUCUACCGGCUUUGUCCAGCUCGACGGCGGCUCCCCGGUCGACAUGACGGAACGCGAUAUCCCCCUCACCAACGUCCGGAGCCACGCCUCCUCUCCGGGCGCACGCAAGACUGCCGCCGGCAUCAAACACGCCCAUACCGACUCGGCCGACUCCAAUGGCGAAAAGUCUGGUCACCAUGGUCGCCGCAAGAAGAUUGCCCCCGACGGCCUCAAGCGCAAGGGCACCGGCGACGAGGUCACGCGCAACGCCCUCGGCCGCCUCUACGAAAAGAUUGUUGGCUUCUCCGUUCUCACGCGAUACAUGGUUUACGUUGUCCCCGUCGGCGUAUUACUAGCUAUUCCUCUUAUCGUUCUCAAGGCCACUGGCCACCGCAACGACCUCAAUGUUGGAACUGGGCCCGAGCAGAAUGGCGAGGACAGACACGGUCCCACGCUUUUCAACAUCUUCUUUUGGAUUGAAAUCACUUGGCUGACUUUGUGGGCUGCCAAGCUUGCCGCUCUCCUGCUCCCGCAAAUCUUCAUGGCUCUCAGUGGUAUCGUCAGCGCUGGUGUUCGCAAGUAUGCCACCGUCCUCCACAACAUGGCCAUUCCAUUUUCCCUCUUCUUCUGGGCGCUGGCUACCUGGAUCACUUUCAAAACUCUCUUUAGCGAAGCCAUUGGUUCCACACAAAUCCAGUGGUGCAUCAAUCUCGAGCGUGUUCUUGGAGCUACUUUUGUGUCCUCAGCCGUUGUGCUCGCUGAAAAGGCCAUUAUCCAGCUUAUUGGUGUGUCCUACCAUCAACGCUCGUUUGCCUUGCGCAUCAAGGACUCCAAACGCGAGAUCCGCCUGCUUGGUCUUUUGUAUGAGGCCUCGCGCACCCUCUUCCCCAUGUACUGUCGCGAGUUUGCAGACGAGGACUAUGUCAUCGACGAUAGUAUUGAAAUGAUGUUGCGCAAAAAGGCUGGCCACAAGCGCAAUGGCUCCGCCACACCCAUGAAAUUCAUUGGUGAUGUUGGUCGCAUUGGCGACAAAGUCACUUCCGUCUUUGGUAACCUUGCCUCUGAAAUCACCGGCAAGCAAGUCUUCAACCCACACUCGUCCCACACAGUCGUCAUCGAAGCUCUCGAGAAGAGACUGCCUUCCGAGGCCCUCGCCAGACGCAUAUGGAUGUCCUUUGUUGUCGAAGGCAGGGACGCCCUCUACAUUGACGACUUUUACGAGGUUCUGGGUCCCGCAUACAGCACCGACGCUGAAGAGGCUUUCGCUGUCUACGACAGCGAUCUCAACGGCGAUAUCAGUCUCGACGAAAUGGUCCGCAAAACCGUUGAAAUGGGCCAGGAGCGCAGGGCUAUUGCUGAAGGCAUGAAGGACAUUGGCCAGGCUCUUCGCGUUCUCGACAAGGUUCUCCUAUUCAUUGUUCUCCUCAUUGUCGUCUUCAUCUUCCUUGCCUUUUUCAGGAGCAGCUUCGUCACUGUUGUUGGUACUGCCGGAACUGCGCUGCUUUCCCUGUCUUUCGUCUUUGCCGUCACUACCCAAGAAUUCCUCGGUUCCUGCAUUUUCCUCUUUGUCAAGCACCCCUUCGAUGUUGGCGACCGUGUUGACAUCAAUGGCAGCGCCAUGGUUGUUGAGCGCAUCUCUCUGCUGUAUUCGGUCUUCAAGCGCCUAGAUAAGUCCCAGGUCACCCAAGUUCCCAACAUCCAGCUCAACAAUCUCUGGAUCGACAACAUUUCCCGCAGCAAGGCCAUGUCCGAGACCGUCGAAGUCAACGUUUCCUACGACACCAGCUUUGAAGACGUUGAGCUGCUUCGCCUCGAGAUGGAAAAGUUUGUUCGCCAUCCCGACAACUCGCGCGACUUCCACCCCGACUUCUCCAUUGGCAUUGGCGGUGUUGGUAAUCUCGACAAGAUGGUCCUUAACAUCUCCAUCAAGCACAAGUCCAACUGGCACAACGACUCAGUUCGCUCUACUCGUCGCUCCAAAUUCAUGUGCGCACUCGCGCUCGCCCUCAAAAAGAUUCCCAUCUACGCACCAGGUGGUGGAAACGAAGCCCUUGGUGGACCUGGAAACCCAAGCUACACUGUCGCCGUUUCCGACGACUUUGCUGCGGCUGGCCGCGAAAAGUACGCCAAGGACAAGGAUGCUUCUCGCAUGGUUCCUUCCAACCCAUCACAGACGGAAAAGGAGCACGCCGCUGCCGAGAAAGCCGCCAUUUCCGAGCUCAACACGGUUCCUUUGUCCCUUGAUACCGCGACUAGCAUGUGGGAGUCGCGCGAGGACACGAUUACCAGCGCUGUGGAUGAGUCGACAGACCCGCGGCGCUCUCGCGAGAUUGAGGCGAUGCGCUCUGAGCUCCAUAAGAAGGAGAGUCAGCGCGGUCGCCGCAAGGCUGGCGAGGGUCUGACGGGCACCACUGGCCUGACGCCUACUGACGGCCACUUUCCGCCGCAGCAGAGGAGCCCGCGCUUGGAGACGUUUGACGAGGAGGCCACCACAGACAUGCCCUCAACAUUUUACGAGCGCAACCACCCCGCUCACAGAACUGAUGCUGCCGACCACAGCCAUGGCGGGUUCCAGACUGUGCGCAUUGAUGACGAGGAGGAACCGCGCCGCUCGACCUCGCUCAACGUCCGCGGCAACCCUGUCGGUCGUCGGCCUUCGCGCGGCCCUUGA